AUAAGAUGAUAAUAAAUUCUUGAUUUAGCAACAGUGGCUGGAGAAGAGUGUAGCAUUUUGUCGACGGUGAAAAAAAGAUAAAACCAUUGGAAAUAUGGAAACUGAAAGUAAAACUGAAGAAAUUAAAAAAACUGCUGAAAUUUCUGCCAACGAUAAGUCGGUGGAGAAUGAUAAAAAAUCAAACGAUGAGGGUGGAGGUGAUAAAAAAAUUACUGAUAAUUCAGUAGAUGAGAAAACAACAACGACAGCAACUAUGGCAGUAAAAAAUGCAACCGGUGCACAAACUGACGAGGAAAAAGAAGAUAAGUCAUUCAAAGAGCAAGAAGAGAAAACUGAAGAUAAACUGGAUUCGAAAAAACCGGAAGAUAUUAAUAAUUCUACGGGAAUGAUUCCAAAAAGGAGGAGGAUGAAGAAAUGGAAAAUAAAGAGAAGAAUGGUAGCAUAGACAAUGAAAAAAAAGUUACAGACGAUAAAGAAAAGAAAGAAAGUGGUAAAGAGGCAAAGGAAGGUGAAGAAGAGGUAGAUGAUGAUGAAAAUGUUGUAGCUUUGGCCGAAAUUGACAAAAUCAAUGAAAACAUCAAUAAGACACGCGUUGAUGGAUUACAAACUCUGCACACGAUUUGUUUCGGUUCA